CCCUGUUUGCUUACCGUCGUUGAGAGGUCGCUGUCAGUGCGCAACACACUGAUGUUUUGGGGUCAGAAUAUACAGUAGUGAACACAGAAGCGCUGAGCAGCGCAAGGGGGGUGAGAGAGGAGUGAUUACGGGGCUGCUGCUUUAAUUCGAGGGUGUAAGACUCGCUAUAAAGUUUAUAAACCCGCUGUAAAUUCUAUAAACUCGCUGUUUUCGCGGGUCGUUAGCAUUUAGCUUUAGCUGUGAGUGAACAGCGAUGGAGUCGUGGGUGCGAUUCAGCGCUCAGAGUCAGGCUAAAGAGAGAGUUUUCAGGGCUGCCCAGUAUGCCUGCACUUUACUGGGCUACACACUGCAGAAAGGAGGAGCUGCUGCUGAACUACUAAAAACAAUAAAGCAGCUAGAAGCUCAUCUGAGUCUCAGCAGAAAGUUGUUGCGGUUAGGAAAUUCUGCAGAAGCCCUGGAAGCAGCUAAACGAGCAGUGCAUUUAUCUGACUGUGUGCUGAGGCUCUGCAUUACCGUUGCCCAUUUAAACAAAGCCAUGUACUUUGCCUGUGACAAUGUGCUGUGGGCUGGCAAAACUGGCCUGCUUCCUCAGCUUGACCAGAACAAAUGGAGCCAAAGAUCAUUCAGAUAUUACCUUUUUGCGCUCAUCCUUAACCUGACCCGGGAUGCCUACGAGAUCCGUCUGCUGAUGGAAAGGGAAUCUCGCAGUAUUUCAGCUAAAAGCUCUCUGGCCAGCCCUUCUGUUCUCUCUCCUGGUCCAGAGAACGGUGAGUUUUCACCUGGCUUCUCUGCUCCACCAUUCCCCGCUCUCCCCGUUCUGACGGCCCGGCUCCAGCGGCAGCUGCACCUCCUCAUUUCAGUCCUGAGAAAUAACCCUCCUUUACUUCUGGAUCUACUGAAGAAUCUGUGUGACCUUUUCAUUCCACUGGACAAACUGGACAUGUACCCCACCAGCCCGGGCUUCGUUGGAGCCUGUGGCCUCACUUCCUCCAUUCUGUCCAUCCUCACCAUUCUGUAUCCCUGGCUCAAACUCAAGCCUUGAGCAACGUGCACAUCUCUGAUGAAGCCCUACAGAUAUCUGAUAAAGUGCUGGGUCUGAACUGAGAGCUGCUGUUGACUGUAACUGGGGCUGAUGAUCGAGGGGAAGCAUGAUGGAGCCUGAAUUAAAAUUUCCCAGACAGUAAGCCCACAGGAAGUGAGGUGGUGAGGUUUUAUCUGCAUGAGUGGCUGCAAGGCGAGGGGGCAAGUGUGCGUGCGUGCGUGUUUAUACUAUGUAUGUCUGUUUGCAGUGAAAAACAUAUUGCACUAAAUUUACUUGAUCCUAAUGUGUACAUAAUUUUCACACAGUUCAAUUCAUAUAAACACUGUUAUAUAAAAUAGUAUUUAGCAGUUAUAUUUUAUUAAUGUGGAAAUUAUGAAUACAUUUUAUAUCUGUUUUAUCUGUGUGCUUUAUGUAUGAGUACUAGGGCUGCACAGUAUGGACAAUACUUGUUUUCAAAAAACCUGAAAAACGCUCAACUACCCAAUUUAAAGCCAAUUAUGAUAAUGAGACCUGCAUAGAGACAAAACUUUAUUAUUUGAAAUCCAAAUGAGUUGUGAGGUGAUAUCUUGUAAGUAAUAUUACACAUUGGUCAGCAUGUUCAGUAUAAGGCAACGAGCGAGGCCUGGUAGUGGGAGCCAGAUGGAUGUGACAUUUCCAAAAUUGUGCAGGAUUUAACAUUCCUCAGUCCACAUGUGAUGUGAUCUGUGUACCAGGAAUAUGUUAAAGAAGGCAUUACCACCCUUAGUGGACAGUGUGUUGAGUGGUAAUGAUCAUCAAACCGGCUGAAUAUCCUCCAUACAGACAAGCAACUUUUAUAUACACUUUUAAUGCAGGAGGCCCCACAUGCAUAUCCUGCUGGCAAAUCCAAACUUCUUUAGCUUUCAUAGGACAUGCAGGGGUCUGGUUCUUGUCCCAUGAUUUUUGGCAUGCAUAUGUGCAUAACCUCAUAUCUGCAGUGCAUCAGGAAAGAAGCAAACCUGAUAAUGAUUGACAUAUAUUGAUUAACGAAUGAUGUAAAAAUAGUGCAGCCCUAGUAUGUGUGUGUGUGAGUGUGUGGGUCUAUGCGGAUGAAUGGCUGUAAGCAUCUUACAUGCAUAUUUGCAUGAAUUUGUUUAUCACUUUUUCAUACACACAUAGGAGUGCUUGUAAAGCUCUGUCUGAACCCUUUGGUCAGUAGCUUAAUCCUCAGUUUGGAUGCGUUUUCCAGAAUUUACAAAUUUCCACAAGUCCAAACAAUGCCCUCAGCUGAACAAAUGUCAUUUUAAACAGAUCCUCAUUCCUUUAAAUCACCAUUAAAAACGUGAUGUGAUUUCUCUAUCAAAACAUGAUUUGGAGUGCAGUUAAGAUAUUCCAUUCAACUGUGGGCCUCCAGUAAUUGCGGUAACCAUAAAUAACCAUGACCUUAGAACUGAACUAAUGGUUAAUCUCAUUUGAGAUGUUGCGAUGCAUCUAAUUGUGUUAUUGUCUAACGAGGUAUUCUUAAUGCAGCAAAUCCAGUGUUAUUCUGCUUUAUGAUUCAGAAAUGGUGCGCUGUAUGUGUCAGUUUUAAAUCUAGUGGUGGAUCAUUCUGCUGUUAGUUGCGCUGCAUAUAAUAUACUGUGGAAAUUUUGAAAUUACAAGCUAAUUUCACUUUAUCUUUUGAAUAUAUUCAUUUUGUCUGGCAUAACUUUGCAUUAAUGUAAAGAAUGUAUGAUCUUCCUGUAGUUUUCCACUGAACUGAUUAAAAAACAAGACAUCUUAUCUGACAUGUUUGGUCAGUUGUUGAUGGUUGAAUUGUUUUCUCUGUAAAUUAUAAGCUCAUUAAAAAGCUGUAUCAAGAAGACUGCUUUUUUAAACCAGUAAAUCUUUAUCAUCUAA